AAAAAAGACUGCGCGCAAGGUAAGGAGCGGGAGACUGAGGCAGGAAGGUUGGAGCUGGCCAGGGGCCACCCGCCAAAUGUCACCCGGGGGUGCGCGUGGGCGGGGGCAAAGCUUCAGCGCUUGGCUGGCGGUUGGUCCUGCGCUGGCGGUUGGUCCUGCUCGCGGCUAGCAGGACCCCCUAGGUCUCGAGGGACGGAUUCUAAACCACUGCACAUUGCCCAGGAGACCCCAGUGAUGGCACUGUGGACUCGCCUGUAUGGCCGCGUCCUGGAAAGCUCUAGGGUAAGUGGGGCCAGAACUUGUACAGCACCCGGUGAGGUGCUAGAAAUCAUCGUGGUCAGGUGUGCGGUCGCGGGGAUCUCUUGCUGGAGGGUCGCACCUCCCUGGGGUACUACCUGGAAGUCUUCAGCGAUCCCUGUCGCCCUCAUUAGGCCCGUCUGUCUAUGUGACACACUUAAUAGCCUCUCAUGAUCGUACCUCUCACCUUUCCUUCCUAACCAUUCUCCACUGUACUGACCUGCUGUAUUUCCAUUGUGAAGCCUUCUUUUUUUUUUUUUUUUUUUUUUUUUAGCUGUAAACUUAAGUUAGGUUGACUGAACAACCACUGCAGUCCUUGAAAAACAUCUCUCUUGAGCCAUAGCAAAUCCAAUUCCUUUCUGUGUUCACUAAAUUAAGCCCAAGAAUUCAGGCAGGCCUUCCCAGGAGCUGACUGCACACAGUCAAUAAGAUGUAAGAUGUAAGAUGCCUGUUGGAUUUUGUACUUGUCAGUUUUCCUGGCUGUAUACUGCUUCUGUGCUUUUCCUGAAAAAGGAUUGAGUGGAAUGGGCCCCUACCAGGAAAUAGAAAAAAACUAGGUAACAGAAGCGCACUUGUUUUCAAAACUAAAAAGUUUGCUUUUGCAAACAAAACCUCACAUGGUUUGCUCUAUUCUUUAUAGGAGAAAUAAGUAGCUCUCUUUGGGCCUUACAUCUUCCCAGCGUUGUUGUCUUCUUUAGUGUCUUCAUGUGGUGGCUUUCUGCAUUUAAUGGGUGCCUGGGUGUAUCUUCACAGAGUAUUUGCAUCCAAAGAAUAACAGAUCUGUGAAUAAAGAGAUUGUCAGCUUUCCUUUAUUAGCUACAGAUACUCAUAAAGUUGUAGAUUUGUGGGAACCUGUAUUUUCCGUAUAAUGACUAGUCCUGUGUUUUUGUUCCAAAAUGAUGUGUGAGGUGAUGCCCACCAUCAGUGAAGAAGGCCCUUCAGGAGGAAGUGAAAACCAUGGAUCUGGCUGCCCUUCACAACCAGAUGCAGAUUCCCAUUUUGAACAGCACAUGAUGUCCAUGCUAGAAGAAACAGACAUUGCUCAGAGCACACUGAUAGAGACUCAAGAAACAUUGGCGUUGACCCAGGGGAAAUUACUCGAGGUUGGUCAUGAGAGAGAUUCGUUGCAGAGACAACUCAAUACUGCGCUUCCACAGGAGUUUUCAACGCUUGCAAAAGAGCUCAACAUUUGCAGGGAACAGCUGCUUGAGAAGGAAAAAGAAAUUGCUGAGCUGAAAGCAGAAAGGAACAACAUGAGGCUGUUCCUGGAACAUCUGGAGUUCCUUGUCUCCAGGCAUGAACGCUCUCUCGAAACGACUGUGAUGAAGCGGCAGGCGCGGUGUCCUGCAGGUGUGUCCACAGAGAUGGAAGUGCUAAAAGCACUGACAUUCUUAUUUGACCACCACAAGACCCUGGACGAAGAGGUGCGAGAGCAAUUACGUGUAGCACUGCAAAGGUGCAGCUUGCUGGAAGAGGAACUGGGCGCCACACAGAAGGAGCUAAUGACUCUUAAAAAACAGAAUAAUGAGAAAAAAUCACCAAGAGAUGGAGUGCUUGACCAUGAACAAGAAGAAACACCAAGCACUAAUGGAAAGUUGCUAGCUUGCAGAGAAGAAGAACGAGAUGACAAGACAACGAUAAAAUGUGAAACUUCCCCUCUCUCCUCUCCGAAGUCCCUUCAGCUAGACAGGCUGCACACAGGGGCGUUGCAAAUAGUCAGCCACGAGGACAUCAGGGACAUGCAAAAAUCAAAAAGUGCCCAGGAUGGUCCUGUGAGCAAUCCCAGUAGCAGUGACGGCAGGCAAGACUCGCCCCACAAAGCCCCAAAGAAGAAGGGCAUCAAGUCCUCCAUUGGUCGUUUGUUUGGCAAAAAGGAAAAGGGUCGGCCUGGACAAACUGGCAAAGAAUCACCAGGACAAGAAACCUCAUCUCAGGAUGCGUUCCGACUUAGCAAAUUGGGAGGAAAGGCUGAAAAAAAUCAAAAAUUUGGAAUUUUCUUCUUUUUUGUAGCUGUUGUUUCUGAAACAGAAAACUCAUCUCAGGAUGCCUUCCAACUUAGCAAAUUGGGAGGAAAGGAUGAAAAAAAUCAUCAACUUCAAAAACAGCCUGAGUUGCUGGAGGAAGCCCAGAGGCAAGGCUUACCAUUUUCACAGUGGGACGGGCCAACCGUGGUUGAAUGGCUGGAGCUCUGGGUUGGGAUGCCUGCUUGCUAUGUGGCUGCCUGCAGAGCAAAUGUGAAAAGUGGGGCCAUCAUGUCAGCUCUGUCAGACAGACAGAUCCAGCAAGAGAUUGGCAUCAGCCACCCUCUGCACAGACUGAAGCUGCGGCUGGCCAUCCAGGAAACCCUGUGGCUCACCAGCCCUUCGGCUCCACCCACAUUGAAAAAGACCACAGGAAAUGUCUGGUUAACACAUGAAGAGAUGGAAACACUCGCAGCCACGUCUCAGAUGGAAGAUGAGGAGGGAAGCUGGAUUCAGACACUUGCAUAUGGGGACAUGGACCACGAGUGGAUUGGCAAUGAGUGGCUGCCCAGCCUGGGCCUACCUCAGUACCGAAGCUAUUUCAUGGAGUGCCUUGUGGAUGCUCGGAUGCUGGACCACCUGACCAGGAAAGACCUGCGGGGGCGGCUGAAAAUGGUUGACAGUUUUCACAGGAACAGCUUCCAGUGUGGACUUAUGUGCCUGAAAAGGUUAAAUUAUGAUCGUAAAGAACUGGAAAGAAGAAGAGAAGAAAGUCAGCAUGUAGUUAAAGAUGUGCUUGUUUGGAGCAAUGAUCGAGUGAUUCGCUGGGUCAUAUCCAUUGGCCUUAAAGAAUAUGCAAACAACCUCAUAGAGAGUGGGGUUCAUGGCGCACAGCUGGCCUUAGAUGAAGCCUUCGAUUACAACACAUUGGCCCUGUUGUUACAGAUCCCGACAGAGAACAGAAAGGCUCGAAAUGUCUUGGACAAAGAAUUUGCCGACCUUUUGGUCCUUGGGACUGUCAGACGUUUUGAUGUUGAGCAUGACAAACACUUUAGGAGAGCACCUUCAUGGAGAGAGAAGGUUAGAGAAAAGGCCAUUCAUGGCGUGGCAACUGGGUCAUCAGAGACACUCCCUGCAAACUUCCGAGUCUCUUCUUCCAAGUCUUCCCACUCUGUGCAGCCCAAUGAGAUCCAGAUGGAUGGCAGUGUAUCAGAAACACAGAAGUUGGAUUCUGCGACAGUCAGGACUUCCUCCCGUUAAGCCUCCUGUUGUUCUGAGACAGGUAAACCUACACAAGGUGGAGCUGCCUGCCCCCUCCAUGGACCACGCUCAAAUGCAGCAGAAGAUACUGGGCAAGAAAAUGCCCCACCCUGGCAUUCUUUGAGGCCUUACUCCAGGGCUACUGGACUGUCCUAGCCACCAGAGAGUGGGUAAGCCAUCCUAAGUUCUAGCCCUCAUAGGAAAUGUUGACACUGCCAGAUUCAUCACCGACAGAAAAUCGCUGCUGAAGACUGAGGAAGUUCAGGGCAACAACAGCCCCCUUUAAGGUGUCCGUCUCAGAUUCCAAGUCGCACAAAACUCUCAGGUAAGACAUUCUCUAUAUUUGUGGACAUAGAGGCCAUAUAUACAGAGUUCUUCCUGAGUUUUCAGGCUGCUAUAUUAAGUCCUCAGUCUCUAUGAUGGGGUAUUGAUGGUCAACCUAUGCCAUUUACAAACAGGGCCUAUUUUGUGCAGGUCCCAGUCUUCUCACUUGGUUUAUACUUUUUCAGGAUACAUAAAAGCCUUUCUCAUACUUGCUAAAGUUCUGUUACAGCAAAUCAUUCCAAGGACUACAACCAGGUUACAGUGACCCAUGCCUAAAUCAAAGUUGCUAGACUGCCAUCCUGGUUUCACAUCACUCAGGCUAAGAGGUGCCCUCCCAGCCCUAAAUCUGAUCAUUCUGAGUGGUCAUCUCAUCUUCUGUCUCCUACCUGUCUCCGUCUCACAAAGGCCUCGCAGCCACAGUUAACAGGCUAAGUCAUGUUUUGUUAUCCACUUUGGUUCCUAAUUUCUUACAUUCUAUUAAUGAUCAUUUUUACAGCAGGACUCUUUAGCAGUAUUGCCUACAGACUCCAACAUCAUGCAUACCAGAGACAAGCCUUACCAACCUACCGUCUUAACUUUUAUGCUUUCAGAUGGGGGAGUAAUCACCUCUCAUAACUCCACUCCUCCUAACCCCACGUUUAAUUUUCAGAAUUCUGCCUCACCGUGGAAAUGUUUCUACCUCAACAUGGUCCUGAUAGAAUGAUAUGUCUAAAUCAAAGGCACCUUUCCCUUUACCUCACCUGGGUCCUUAAAUAUGACAGUGCCAUGUCUCCUCAUAACAUCUUGUCUCUUUGUUUUUCCAGUCUGACAUACGUGCAUUCACCAGUGAAGCUGUCCUGGCCAAAACACCUGGUACCAGCGUCUACCUGGGCAUCAACCUUCAUCCCGUCAACUCCCCUAGGCUCCAGUACAGCGCCCUUUGCCAGCAGGAAGUAGUUAAAGAGAGAAAGCUUUGCCCCUUUUCAUAAUAACCAUAAGAUGGGAUAUGAAAGGUUUGGCCCAGACAGGACACAGUAGCCAGGAAAGCCACAACCGGAAGCAGGAAGCCCCAUCUUGCCCUGCCCCUAGGAAGUUACCUGUGACGCCAUCUUCCCGCCCCUGGGAAUUUACAUAUGGCGCCAAACCUAGGACCAAUGGGCUACCUGUGUAUCCCUAAUGCCCGCCUUAGGUUCCACCCCAAACCGAGGUUAUUUACAGGCCCCCACGCCGCGUGUCCGCCGGAGAGAUCGCCGGACGCCAGCGGUGGGGGUUGCCGGUCAUCUCUCUCCGUGUUCUCAGAAUAAAGGCCGCUUUUUAUUUUAUAUUUCUCAUCUUUUGUUAAUAUUUUUCAUCUUUUGGAAGUAACUCUAUCAGUUUUCACCUACAAUUCUGAUUUUUUCAUAUCAAGUGGCCUUUGGAUGCAUUAAAGUUUAUCAUACAAGUGACAGAGAUGUGGGCACUUUCUUCAGUUUUGCAACCAAAGCAAAUGCCUCACUGGCUUCAUCCUAGGCUGUCCCAAAUACCAGGGCCUCAAAGGACAUGGAGGAUUUUAUGAAAGUGAGAGGCAGUUUCACUGUGAAUUGCAGAUCAUCCCUGAGAACAAUGUGAUCCAUGUGGAAAAACUCAGGGCUUCUAGUCACCACCAGUGAUGAAAGACUCUCAUGGUUAAAGUCCUCAACAUUCAGGUCCAGCUCUCAAAAGAGAAAAAGCUACACCAGACUCUCACCUGGGUCAUAGUCAAAAUGGGGAACGAACUGAAGCCUGAUUACCAAGGGAAAUAGCAACUGGGCAAUGAAAUAAUGAGUCAUGAGGCCAUGAGCAGGAGAAGAAUUCAGCAAUCUCAGGGUCAUAAACCAGACCCAGAGAAGAGGCAUUUGUGAGAAAAGGACACCCAAUAGGACACAAGGUUAGACAGCAGAGAGCAGGCAGGGCUGAUCACAUUGUAUCGCCUUGCAGAAAUGAGAAAAAUCUCAAAUCUGGGACUGCAGGUACAGCUCAGUUGCAUAGUGCUUCACUAGAAUUUGGAGGUGCUGGGUCAGUCUUAAACAUCCACAAGAAAACAGACAGAAGAAAACUUCCAUCCUCAUCCAUCAUGAGACCAUACUCAUCUCAAUCUGUGGACAUCAAUGGGACAUGAGGAGUGUUCAGACUUCACCAAAUUUCAAUCACAGCAGCCAAGGAUGUGCCUAACCAGGGGGCCUAGGAGCUAUGACAGUAAGUCAGGACAAAAAAGAGAAACUAAUGAAUACUUUAAGGACAGACUGGACUUGAUGUGCAUUUCUCUUUGUUUUGGAAUAAAGAAUUUUUAUUAUUAUUUCACGUUUAACGUGAGAGAUGGAUCAUUCCUACAUUCAAAUGAAAAAUCAUAGCAUGGGGAAAAUUCCCUGACUUACACAGAAUGGCUAAGAUGAAGAACUGAGGGUCUCAUUCUGGAUCUGAAGUGAUGGCCGUGCCUCCUCCACAGGGAAGAAAACCUCUGAGCAGAGAAGCACACAGUCCAGCCUUAACAGGAUAGUGAAAAUUUUUGGUUGAAAAUGAAGACCUCAGCACCGUAUUGCUCUACUUUGCUCUCAGACAGCAGCAGGAUCUGCAGAGCCCCACAACAAAGGUGAGUCAGCAAGAGGGUGACAUCCUCAAGGCCAGCUGCUAGGAAGCCAACUGCUGGGUCCACUGGGUAGAUUGCAUACCAGAGCCUGAGGCCAGACUCAAGCAUCUCCAUUUAACACUGUGUAUGCAGAAUUACCAUCUGUACAAGAAAGGAUCAUACAAUCCUCAUUUUUGAAUUUUAAUGAAACUUUAAAUGAAAAUAUUACCCAACUCAGUACUUAACAGCUCCCAUGAAAGUCCCCAAAACAAAAGAUCUUCAACAUUUGUACGAGAAAAAAAGUUAGCCAUAGAGAAUAACAGUUCCCUUAGAUAAUAAUUGCACAAAUCAAUACAUUAUUUUCCUCGUAUGGGUUUCCAUAAUGCUCAGUGCUACAGCAGAGCCACAGUCACAGAACUUUUUCCUUUUUAAGACAGGAUGAUAUGGAUAAAUUUUACAUUUAUAAAAAGCCACAUUUCUAGUAUACAAUACUAUUGAUUUUGACACAUGUGUAACUGUGUGUCGAAAAACAUAUUCUGGCUCUAAGUUAGGACCAGUAAGUACCCAUUGGCUUUCCAGGGUGCACUCUGUUCACCCACAACAAACUCACCUGAGACUCACUGCUGCCUGCACCCUGCAUAAAUGCUCUAGAUGUCUCAGAUACUCAUAGAGAGCUUUCCUUCAAUGUGAACACCACAAACUAUUUAAAUUGCUGUGUUUUCUAGGGAACAUUUGUUUUUAAUUUUGGAUAAAGUAUAUCAGUCAUUCCUGCUGUCAUAAUUCCAUAGAUAGCUCCUUUGGAGGUGAGGAUCUCACCUUGGUGCAUCCCAUUGUAUCUUUACACCACACUGAAAACAUCAUCAUGGGCUCUCCAUGGUGCCACUCAAUAUGUCUGUUCUCCUGGUACACACUAAGCAAGCAAACAAUGGCCACUUUAUAGAAAAAACAACUUUAAAACUCACUGUCUUCGCUGUCUUAGAACAGACAAUGCUGAUUUGCAAUUGAAAAUGGAUGCAUAAAUGGAAUCAGCUAGCUCAUUAUUCCCACAGGGGAACAAAGUUUUCCUCCUUAACAAUGGAAUAUUUUUAAUUAACUGAUGUUGAAAAAAUGCAAAGCAGAAUCUCUGUAACACAAAAUCUUACCCUUCUUUCCUGUGGACUGAAGUUUCUCAGUACUGACAUCUGGACAGCACACAGGGAGGCCACACACAGAGGUAUGACCUGGAGAGGGGCCAGGAGGAAAUGUUGGGAGUAAGAAUAUGAGGGACACAGGCUCUGGGACACCUCUAGGACUUUAAAAGGACAGAUUCCCUCCUGGAUCCUCCAGAGUGAAUGCAUCCUGACAGCAUCCUGGCUCUAUCACACUGAACACUGAGUUGGACUUCUGACCUGCAGAAGUGUAACAUGAUGACUUUUGCAUGUUUAAGAAGUGAAUUCAUGUGAAAUCUUUCUGUAGAAAUGGAAAAGUAAUGUGGAUGUCUUUACUUAGUUUUUCUGUAAGAAUCUUUCAUAAUAAAGUAUGUAAGGCACACCAGUCCAUUUAAUUUUCUGCUAAACCUUGUCACCAUUCUUAUCAGAAGGAAUGGGAUACAGUUUUUAGGUAGAUGGAGAGAGUGCACCUCCCAUGUCACAUGGCCAGCAAACAGCAGGAUAGACACUAAAAUGAGUUCAGGAUGCUCCAGGAUGAAUCAAACGGGGAGAAUGACUACAACACUGGUUGCAGACAUUAUGUUAUGUCUUCAGCUUAUAAGCUGCUGUUAGUAGCAGUGAAAUGUCUUCCAAACCCAUGGUGACUGAACUGGUGAGUUAACCACAGACCCUUGGGUGUCUGUACAGUGAGUGAGCAGUUUCUGAUGGAAUGAGGAUAUGUAGCUGACCUGUUUGAACCUAGCCUGGGCUGCACAGUGAACUCAAGGCCAGGACGAACUACAAAGUGUGAUUGUGUCUCAAAAUUCCCCAAAUUAAGAAAGAUUUCAAAGGAAUUACCCCCCUAAGAACAAUUUUAAUUAAUCUAGUACAUUGGAAUGUACAUAUAUGCAUUUAUAUAUAGCCAUAUAUAUAUAUAUAUAUAUAUAUACAUUUAUAGAUACAUAUUCCUUCAUGUCUGUGUACAAAGAUACGGAUUAACAUGUAAAAACAUAUAGAGAGAUGUAUUUCUAUACAAACAUAUGUUUAUAGUAUACCCAUUUACAUGUUAAUAUCUGUUCGUAUUCAUAUUAACAUCUCUCUGUGGAGAUAAGUAAGACAGGAUAUUCAUCAAUUAAACUACUGCCUGGGAAUUAUGUAUUGAUUACCUAAUGCACAAUCAUUGUCUCUUUCUCCACUUGCCUUCAACAGGACACCUAAUUCUCUAUCUGAAACAGAAAUUUUUUUUUAUAUUCCUGGAAAAUUCUGUUGACAGCAGUGCCCCAUGGUGUGUAACCCUUGUGCCCAUGAAGACUAACAUCUCAAUAGUUCACCUCUAAACCACAUUUGCCAGAAGCCCUCUCCAGGCUCCAUGUUGUCACUAGCACAAAGCUGCUGUGCUGAGCAGUAACUGGAGGAGGCAGUGGUUUCCUUACUGGGGAAGAGCACUGAGGCACCAUGCUGCAGUAUGGACAGGGCCUUUAGAAAUGGGAUCCUUCCUCCUAGUGCUGGACAGCACAUGGACUUUGCUCUUCUGAUUUUCCCCAAAUAUAGAGAUUUGAAGCAACUUUGCUCAUGGGAGAGGCUUCCCAUCCUGCCCUUUACUAUGCCCACCAGGACAUUUGCAUGAUGUCCCCAAGGAGAGGCUUCCCUUCAAGUUCCAGAUAAAAACUCAACCUGUCUUGAUUCAUCUGGACCCUCAUUUCAGCAUUUCAAAAUGAGGCUCCCUGCUCAUUUCCUGGAGCUGGUAAUGCUCUGCAUCCCUGCACUGUACCCCCCGUGUCCCGAUCAGGCGUGUGUGCGUGUUUACCUUGCCCGGAGUUCAGAGUGCUCUAAGACACUCACGACAAGUGGCGCCCAAAUUCAGGGACUCCGAAGGUCGCUUAGGAAGAAAAUGGAAUUCAGCAGUGGGUCCCUGGACGAUGGAUCAGGAUCCGCGCCUCCAGACCCUGUUCGCCAGCCCCGGAGACAACUCCCCAAGGAACCGGAACCGUGCCUUCAGAAGCGAGCGCGAAACCAGCUAGAGGCUAAAGAUGCUGAGCUUGUUCCUAUCGCAGCCAUGGCCAGAUUACAGCUAAGAAAAUCCCGCUGCUCACAGCGACCAAAUUUAAAUCCCCUCCCUACAUGGGGACAAUUAAAGAAAUUGACCAUAGAAGGGCAACGGCUUGUCCUUCAAGCAGGAAAGCCUUUAAACCCUGAAAACUUGUUUUUAGCUUUAUGUGCCUUGCUCACCGUUGCAUCGGGGACUGAGGUACCUCCACAUUCGUACUGGGCAUAUAUUCCAAAUCCCCCUUUAUUAGAACCUGUAAAAUGGGGAACUAGUGAUAUUUUACUUUAUACCACACCUAGAGAAAUUUUGUCAGCACCGUGGGCUGAUUUAACCCCCCACAAUCAAGAUGAUGGGACAUUAUUCAAUUUUACUUAUUAUGGUAAUCAAAGGCCUAUUUGCAUUGGGGAACCGCCUUGCAUCCCUCUGGGAUGGCAGUAUUGGAUUCAACAUGGAAUAAAAGCAGGCAACAAAAGGACAAGGCUUCAAGCCUUGGCUGCUCAAACCUUUAAUGUUACCUGGAGAAAUUUAACAGCACCUGACAUAAAUACAUUUCCUGUAUGCCCUGAAUUCACUUAUAAAAAUAUUUCUUAUAAUCCCAUAAUUUGGCAACUAUGUAUGGGAAAAUUUGCUAAAAAUAUUGAUGGGUAUAUUAUUUGGGGACCAUUUGGAAAAUUCGUUAAUGGAUGUGCUGAAUGGAAUGAGACAAGAUGUAAUCUCUCUGUUGUGUAUAGUCUUCCAGAUCCAAAGAAAAUAACUGACGGAGCUCCUAUAUUUCCUCAGAAGACGUCUCUUUUGUGGUGGGGAGAUGGUGGAAUCGCUAACCCUGCUGUUGCAGCCGAAGAAUACCCUCAUCACCUUCAAAAUCAUAUUUGGAAGAUUCCAGCCGCUAUGCAACCUGUAACCUUGUACAAUGUUUCCUAUUCAGGGACUAGUCGAUCUCUAUCUACUACUUAUAAUUUUACUAGGUUUAAAAUGUAUAAUAUUACUGUUUGUGCACCUCUGCCUUAUGUCUUUUUAGUGGGAACUUUUAAUUUUACACAUUUUUCUUGUACUUGUUUAAAUUGUCAAUUGUUUACAUGCUUAAAUAGCACACUAAAUUUCACUAAGCCUUAUACAGUUAUGCUGUUACAACAAAAAACUCAUAUUUGGUUGCCUGUAAAUUUAACUCGACCAUGGUCUCAAGACCCAGUAAUUUCUGUUACUACUGAAUUUUUUAAACAUCUGUUAAAACGUACAAAAAGAUUUAUUGGAAUAGUGGUUGCUGUACUGUUAAGUCUGAUAACUGUAGCCUCCCUAGCAGCAGUCUCAGGAAUAGCUUUACAAACCUCUUUGCAAGAAAAACAUGUUGUAGAAUUAUGGCAUGAGAAUUCUCAUGAACUUUGGUUAACUCAGUGGCAAAUAAAUGCCAAACUACAACAACAAAUAGACCUCCUUAAACAAACAGUUGAAUGGAUGGGUAGAAAAAUAUUGGCUCUUCAGCAUCAAGUGUUUUUAAAAUGUGAUUGGAAUUCAACUACUUUCUGUAUAACCCAACGACCUUAUAAUCAAACAGAACAUGAAUGGGAAGUGAUUAGAAUGUAUCUAAAUGGAAACACCUCUGCCCAGGAGGAAAUAGAAUCUUUGCAUAAUCAAAUUGACAAGGAUUUUGCAAAGCAAAAUGAUGAUGAAUCCCUGGCACAAUUCGCGCAAUUGCUUGCUCAAUCUUUGAAAGGAUUAGAUUCCAAAGGAAUCUGGCAGAGCAUAACCCACACUUUAAGUGGCAUGGGACUUAGUUUAAUUAUAGUUCUCAUUGCCAUAGUUCUUGUGUAUUUUUACUGCAUAAGACGAAAUACUAUUAAUAACCUGAUCUUAUGGAAAUUAUUGUUAAAAAAUAAAAAGGAAGGAAGUGUGGGGGAUGAGGUGUCACUUUGUAGGCCCAACCCCCUCUAACCUGCAAUUUACAAUAGCCGCCCUGGUAUGCGAGAAGGAGGUAGAAUAGGAAUGCCUGUUCUCAGUGAGACCCCUCACCCUCUGGAAUCCAUACUGUGAGCUGGCUUUGUUUUGCAGAAGUCUUGAGGAAGUGGCUGGCCACCCUUUGUGACACUAACAGCAGACAAAUUAACAACAUUCUUGAGCUAAUGAAUUUCUUCCUGGGCUAGAGAAGUUAUGAGAACUGGUUGUGAUUAUUUACUUCACUUAGAUAGUUUUAGAAUAAACAUUGUAGUCUGUCACGUUGUAGCUUGCCACAAAGAAUGCCUUUUCACCACUUAAUUAUCUGGGCUCUGUGAACUGAUCGGGUUUACUAUAUAUGAAUCCUAAAAUAAAGAUUGUGCGUGCAGUGCAGUGUAACGCGGUGCAGACAGUAAA